AUGUUCCUUCACACGUCCCAUCCCCUUCCUUUCCUUUCCUCUUUCUCUCUCUAAACCCCUCUUCUCUCUCUCUAAACUCCCUCUCUGCAAUGGAAUCAGACAAUCGGUGCUGAUUCCACUUCGCAGAUGAAACUCUAUCUCUAAUGCAACUUCAGAGACCACUUCGACUUCCCUCUCUAUCUCUCUCUCGCCGCACAUAUUCUCUUCAUCUUCUCCCGUAGCCGGCGAUUUUCCGGUGAUUUCACACACGUAUGGUGUAUAUAUACAUAUAUAAAUACAUGUAUUGAGUGAGAGCACUUGAAAGUUCUGAUUCUCUCCUUCUCUGUUAUUAACUUGUCUGAUACUUUGUUCUUCAGUGUUUUUUACUCUCUCUAUUCAAAAUUUUAGUUCCGUAUCACUUGAUUCUCGAGUGUUAUGCUGUUUUCGACUCUCAAAGUUUCUGAUCCGAUCGAUUGUGUUCACCUUUCGGUAAGUUGAUUUUUUUAGUUAAACGGUGCUUUAAUGCUCAGUUGAAAGUAUUUGUGAAGCCCAAUCGUGAAGGAAAUUAUACUUAAAUAUACUAUAUAUACAAACGCAUCAGGGACUAAAAUUUGAGCGAUUGAGAGUUAUGUUGGAUCUCAAUCUCACCGUUGUCCAUGACGAGGACUCGAAUAUGACCGCUAAGUUUGCUGAAGGUUCUGGUGGAGGCCAAAUGGAUGAAUCAGGCACUUCGAAUUCGUCGAUCGUGAAUGCCGAAGCGUCGAGCAAUGCCGGCGACGACGACUCGUGCUCUACGCGCGCCGGAAGCGCAGACGUCUUCGCCUUCAAUUUCGACAUCUUGAAGGUCGGAGGCGUGUUUAGCACCACUGAGAAUUGUGACAAGGAUCAGAUGACUCAGUCCGAGUUUGUGACUCGACAGCUCUUCCCGGUGGAUGGAGAUGGUGGAUUGACUCAGGGGCAGAGCUCUGCGUCUUCUUCAACACCAUUGAGGCCUAAUUGGGUUGAUCUCUCGUUCAAUCAAGCUGUUUCUGGUGGUGGCUUACACGAGGUGCCGGUCCCACUACGGCAACAACAGCAGCAACAGCCGGUGAAGAAGAGCAGACGGGGACCAAGGUCUCGAAGCUCGCAGUACCGCGGAGUCACGUUCUACAGAAGAACUGGAAGAUGGGAAUCACAUAUAUGGGACUGUGGGAAACAAGUGUAUUUGGGUGGAUUUGACACUGCUCAUGCUGCGGCUAGAGCCUAUGAUCGAGCUGCAAUUAAAUUCCGGGGGAUUGAUGCAGAUAUCAAUUUUAAUCUGAGUGAUUAUGAGGAGGAUAUGAAGCAGAUGAAGAAUCUCACCAAAGAAGAAUUUGUGCACAUACUUCGUCGGCAGAGCACCGGUUUUUCAAGGGGGAGCUCAAAAUACAGAGGGGUGACACUGCACAAAUGUGGCAGAUGGGAAGCUCGAAUGGGGCAGUUCCUUGGCAAAAAGUAUAUAUAUCUUGGGCUAUUCGACAGCGAAGUAGAAGCUGCAAGGGCUUAUGACAAGGCAGCUAUCAAAUGCAAUGGAAGGGAGGCAGUUACCAACUUUGAGCCAAGAACAUAUGAAGGGGAGAUGAUUUCUGAGGCCAGUAAUGGAGAUGGCAGUCACAACCUUGAUCUUAAGUUGGGGAUUUCGACCCCUUCUUUCGGAGAUAAUGCGAAGCAAAAUGAAAGCAUGGGGUAUGUUCCGUUCCACCCUUAUGAUGUGCACGAUGUGAGGAGAUCAAAGAUGGCAAACCAUGCUAUGACGACAGCAGGUAAUCCACCUCUUAAAGGUCUAGAAAUGACAUUGGAGCACCCUCCCUUUAGGACUGGUGUAUAUCCUAAUUUCUUUCCCACCUACGAGGAAAGAGCAACUGAGAAAAGAAUUGAAGUAGGUUCGUCACAAGGGCUCCUACACUGGAUGGGGCAAAUGCAUGGUAUGGUCAGCAAUACCCCAGUGACAUUGAUCUCUACUGCAGCAUCAUCAGGAUUCUCAUCCCCCAUCACUGCAGCACCCAUGGCUGCCAUUUAUCCGUCAAAACCUCUCAACCCAACAGCAUUCAAUCUCUGUUUUGCUUCAUCUCCCAUGGAUGUCACCAACACCUCCCAAUACUAUUACCAAAUGAGGCCACCGCCACCGCCACCAUGAUCUGUCUGUGUCAAAUGUGGAUACACAUACAUAACAACUGAUUUUUUUGGGGAUUCAUUUGUAUGUUCCAAGUGUUGAUUGAUUGCAACAAGACCUGGCCUGUGUCUUCUUUGGUAGAUUACUACCUGCAAUCUAAGCUGUAGACUUCCAGGGUUGGAAAGUGCUAAUCAAUUUUACUAAAAACGGGGUAGCGUCAUCGCUUGCGGAUCCCUUUGUUUAAGUGUGAGCUUUUCUUUCUUUCAAAGUGUUGUGUCUGUGGUGGGUGGGGUUAAUUGGAAGUACACAGGUUAUCUGUGAUAGAAAAAAGGUAAUUAUAUUCUUCAUGGAUCCCCAUCUCCAUCACAAGAUGUGUCUGGGUAAUGGAGGGACAAUGAUCCUCAUCUUGGUUUGGAAUGAAAGGCAAAAAGGGUGUUGAGUCACACCAUUCAAAUGAA